AUUUUUUUUGUUUUACCCCCCUCUCUUUCUCUAAACUCGAACUCUCUAAAAAGUAAUAAACUUCAGAAUUCAAAACCCCAAAGACCAAAACUUGAACGAACCCGAAAGAGAGGAGCGAGCUCUGAAACCACCACCGGGCUCGAUCUCUCUCAAUACGCGAAACCCUAAUUCAAUGCUGGGUUGACCAAUUCUGCGAUUUAGGGAUUGAAUUGAAUCCCCAAUUGGGUAUUUCCGAAAUCCGAAGAAAGAUUCCGAAUGGCGUCGGAGCUAGGGCAACAGACGGUGGACCUCUCCACGGUAGUGAACCGCGCCGCGGAGGAGUCGUUCCUCUCUUUGAAGGAGCUCAUGGAGAAAUCGAAGGCGGCGGCGCCGGAGCUCUCCGAUACCGAUAAGAAAAUAGGGCUGCUCAAGUACUUGGUCAAGACCCAGCAACGCAUGCUCCGGCUCAAUGUCCUCGCCAAGUGGUGCCAGCAGGUCCCAUUGAUACAGUAUUGUCAGCAACUUACUUCUACGUUGUCAAGUCAUGAUACCUGUUUUACUCAAGCAGCGGAUUCAUUGUUUUUCAUGCAUGAAGGUCUACAACAAGCUUGUGCUCCUGUUUAUGAUGUUCCAUCUGCAGUUGAAAUCCUCCUAUCAGGAUCAUAUCAGCGGUUACCAAAAUGUAUAGAAGAUGUGGGUCUUCAGAGUUCACUAAGUGAGGAUGAGCAGAAGCCUGCUUUGAAAAAACUGGACAUGCUUGUGCGGAGACAAUUACUAGAAGUGUCAAUCCCAAAAGAAAUAAGCGAGGUUAAAGUCUCUGAUGGUACAGCACUGCUUCGUGUAAAUGGGGAAUUCAAGGUUUUAAUUACUCUUGGCUACCGAGGGCACCUAUCAAUGUGGAGGAUACUGCACUUGGAUCUGCUUGUUGGCGAGAGAAGUGGACUUAUAAAGCUAGAAGUAUCUCAGCGGUAUACUCUUGGGGAUGAUUUAGAGCGCAGAAUGGCUGCUGCAGAAAAUCCAUUCAAGACAUUGUACUCUUUUCUACAUGAGAUGUGUGUUAAACUUGUUAUAGACACUGUCUUAAGGCAAGUACAGGCUCUUCGCCAGGGGAGAUGGAAGGAUGCAAUCCGAUUUGAGGUCCUAUCUGAUGGGAGCACCAGUCAUGCAGGGACUUCUGGCUCUGCGCAAUUAAAUCAAGAUGGAGAAACUGAAACAUCUGGUUUACGAACGCCAGGGUUAAAAAUUGUAUACUGGUUAGAUUUCGAUAAAAACAGUGGUAUUUCUGAUUCAUCAUUAUGUCCGUCUAUAAAAAUUGAUCCAGGACCAGAUCUACUGAUAAAAUGUGUUCAUAGCACAUUUGUAAUAGAUCCAUUAACUGGAAAGGAGGCAGAAUUCUUUCUUGACCAAAGUUGUAUUGAUGUUGAGAAAUUGCUUCUGAGAGCCAUAUGCUGUAAUAGAUAUACUCGUCUUCUCGAAAUUCAGAAAGAGCUGGAGAAAAACGUUCAAAUCUGUCGAGGUUCAGGGGAUGUUGCUUUUCAGUCCUGUGUGGAAGAAGCGGACAGUGACCAUAAAAAGAAAGAUUUUAAGUCAGAUGUCAGAGAAUAUGAAGGGCACGAAGUAUUACGUGUGCGUGCCUAUGGGUCUUCCUUUUUUACUCUGGGAAUAAAUAUAAGGAACGGCCGCUUUCGUCUUCAGUCCUCCCGGAAUAUUCUUGCUUCUUCUGCAUUUUUGUCUGAAUGUGAAGAUGCUUUAAAUCAGGGAACUAUGACUGCAGCCGAAGUUUUCAUUAGCUUGAGAAGCAAAAGUAUUUUGCACUUAUUUGCUUCUAUUGGAAGGUUUUUAGGCCUUGAGGUAUAUGAAAAUGGUUUACCUGCAGUUAAAUUACCAAAGAACAUUUUGAAUGGCUCAACUAUGUUGCUAAUGGGAUUUCCAGAUUGUGGGAGCUCUUAUUUUUUGCUGAUGCAGCUUGAUAAGGAUUUCAAACCCCUUUUUAAAUUGCUUGAGACUCAGCCCGAUUCUUCUGGAAAAGCUGAUUCUCUCAAUGACCAAAAUCAUGUGAUACGGAUCAAGAAAAUUGAUGUUAACCAGAUGCAGAUGCAUGAAGAUGAUAUGAAUUUAAGCUUGCUUGACUGGGGAAAACUACAAUCCAUAUUGUCUAGCGCUGGUAGAUCUAAUCAGUCAUCUGAAAAUGGUCUUCUUACGGAUAUCAGCCUCGAGGGUUCUAUGCCAAUUGCAGGGUGUCCACCAUCGAGUUUUUCUUCUGUGGUUGAUGAAGUGUUUGAACUGGAGAAAGGGUUAUCUGCACCUUCCUUCUCUCUUCAAAAUGGAACUUCAUCAUUCAACACAUCUUCUGCCUCUCAUUUUGGCUCUGCUCCAAUGAAUCUUCAUUCCAUAAAAGCUGGAAGUCCAGCUUCCAAAUGGGAGGGAGGUAUGCAGAUGUCGCAGUUAAACAGUGCUGCGAAUGGUUCUGGUAUGGCAGCCCAUUAUAAUGGAUCCUUGUAUUCAUCAAGUAACUUGAAGGGCACCAUACAGUCUUCUUCUCUCAGUUCUCUGUCUUCUGCUACUGGAAGGAGUGUCUCUGUGAAGAAAAUGUCUGUUUCAAAGUCUGAUCAGGAUUUGGCUUCGCUUAGGUCUCCCCAGUUAGUAGAUUAUGGUUCUACUUCAAUGGAUGAAGAUCACCUGAGAUUUAUGAGUGAUACUUCAAAGGGUGCAACAUAUGGAUUUAGAUCUUCUCGCUUAUUAUCUCCACCUGGCCCCAGUGGCCCCCGAAUAUCCGGGCCAGGCAUGAGACCUGUAACUGGAUCUUUCAGAGUCGCUGGUUCAAACUCAUGUGUAACAACUCCUGCAACCCAUGCACCUGAUUCUGGAGUCUGCGAUGGGCCUAAUCAUGAUGAUUCAAAUCAUGAUAGAAAACUUCGAAAGCGUACACUUUCAGAAAUGUUGAAUCUGAUCCCAUCACUGCAAGGUGUGGAAGCCAAUUUAGGAUCUUGUAAAAGGAGGAAAGUUUCUGAAGUCGAUCAGGCUCAGCACUCUUCAUCGCAGGUGUUAAUGUCAACGGAUAUGACUUCAAAAACUGGAUUAUACAGUUAUGGGGAUCUUAUAUCUGAAGCUAAUAAGGGAUAUGCACCUUCUAGCAUUUAUGUUUCAGCUCUUCUUCAUGUGGUCAGGCACUGUUCACUUGGUAUUAAGCAUGCCAGACUAACUAGCCAGAUGGGGGCUCUGGACAUUCCUUAUGUUGAAGAAGUGGGGUUAAGAAGUACAUCUUCAAACAUAUGGUUCCGACUUCCAUUUGCCAGGGGUGAUUCAUGGCAACACCUCUGCUUGCGACUUGGCAGAGCUGGAAGCAUUUAUUGGGAUGUAAAAAUAAAUGACCAGCAUUUCCGCGAUUUGUGGGAGCUUCAAAAAGGAAGCAAUACUACACCUUGGGGUUCUGGUGUUCGUAUUGCUAAUACUUCUGACAUUGACUCUCAUAUUCGUUAUGAUCCAGAAGGUGUUGUUCUCAGUUAUCAGUCUGUGGAGGCUGAUAGUAUAAAGAAGUUAGUGGCAGAUAUCCAAAGGCUUUCUAAUGCAAGAAUGUUUUCCCUGGGGAUGCGGAAACUGCUUGGAGUAAGACCAGAUGAGAAACCAGAAGAAAGUGUAAACUCCGAUUCUAAAGCACCAGGAGGCAAAGGUUCUUUUGAGGGAGCUGAUAGGUUAUCUGAACAAAUGAGAAGGGCAUUUAGAAUUGAGGCAGUAGGACUCAUGAGUUUGUGGUUCAGUUUUGGAUCUGGUGUCCUGGCUCGCUUUGUUGUUGAGUGGGAAUCAGGUAAAGAGGGUUGUACUAUGCACGUAUCUCCUGACCAACUUUGGCCUCAUACCAAGUUUCUGGAAGAUUUCAUAAACGGAGCUGAAGUUGCAUCACUUUUGGACUGCAUUCGCCUCACUGCGGGUCCCUUACAUGCUCUUGCAGCUGCAACUCGACCGGCGCGAGCUGGUCCUAUUCCAGGGGUUAGUGGGAUGACAAUUCUCUCUUCUGUCCCAAAACAGGCCGGGUACAUACCAUCCCAGGGCCUUAUGCAAACCAGUUCAACCACAAACGUUAGUCAGUCUCCUGUCCCUGUUGGGAACUCUGUUUCAUCUGCUGCUACAGGUCCUCUUACAAAUCACGGCCUUCACGGGGCUGCAAUGUUAGCUGCUGCUGCUGGCCGAGGUGGACCUGGCAUUGUACCUAGCUCACUGUUGCCCAUUGAUGUUUCUGUUGUGCUGCGUGGUCCAUACUGGAUACGAAUUAUAUAUCGGAAGCACUUUGCAGUUGACAUGCGAUGUUUUGCAGGAGAUCAGGUUUGGUUACAACCAGCAACGCCACCAAAGGGGGGCCCUUCAGUUGGAGGUUCUUUGCCUUGCCCACAAUUUCGGCCAUUUAUUAUGGAGCAUGUGGCCCAAGAAUUGAAUGGUUUAGAUACUAAUUUCAAUGGUGUUCAACAGACGGGAUUGGCAAAUUUACACACUCAAAACCUCAGUGCAGGUCCCCAGCUGUCUGCUGUCAAUGGAAAUAGGGUUAACCUCCCUAGUUCUGCUGCACUUUCUAGGACAGGCAAUCAAGUAGCUAGUUUGAACCGCACUGGAAAUGCUUCUCCAGUAUCCUCGAAUUUGGCUGUCAUGAGCUCAGGGAUGCCUUUACGUAGAUCACCAGGUGCAGGUGUCCCUGCUCAUGUGAGAGGAGAACUGAAUACAGCCAUUAUUGGUCUUGGAGAUGAUGGGGGGUAUGGAGGUGGUUGGGUCCCCCUUGUUGCUCUUAAAAAGGUGCUGAGAGGUAUUCUCAAGUACCUCGGAGUGCUGUGGCUAUUUGCCCAGCUGCCUGAUCUUUUGAAAGAGAUUCUAGGGUCCAUUUUGAAAGACAAUGAAGGUGCACUAUUAAAUUUGGACCAGGAGCAGCCUGCUUUGCGUUUCUUUGUGGGUGGCUAUGUAUUUGCAGUAAGUGUUCAUAGAGUUCAACUUCUUCUUCAAGUCCUGAGUGUGAAAAGAUUCCAUCAUCAGCAGCAGCAACAGCAGCAAAAUCCAACUACUGCUCAAGAGGAAUUGACUCCAACUGAAAUAGGAGAAAUUUGUGACUACUUUAGUCGACGUGUUGCAUCAGAGCCUUACGAUGCUUCUCGUGUUGCAUCAUUCAUCACUCUUCUGACCUUACCCAUAUCAGUUCUGAGAGAAUUCUUGAAAUUAAUAGCAUGGAAAAAAGGACUAGCCCAGCAGGUGCAGGGUGGUGAUGUAGCUCCUGCUCAGAAGCCCCGUAUUGAAUUAUGUCUUGAGUAUCAUGCUGGGUCGAAUAUAGAUGAGAACUCAGAUAAUUCAUCUGUUGCCAAAAGUAAUAUCCAUUAUGAUCGGCCUCACAACUCGGUUGAUUUUGCACUGACACUUGUUCUUGAUUCUGCUCACAUACCCCACAUAAAUGCCGCAGGCGGUGCAGCAUGGCUGCCUUACUGUGUAUCAGUGAAGUUGAGGUAUUCAUUUGGUGAAAAUCCUAAUGUGUCCUUUCUUGGCAUGGAAGGAAGCCAUGGAGGUCGAGCUUGCUGGUUGCGUGUUGAUGACUGGGAGAAGUGUAAACAAAAGGUUGCUCGGACUGUGGAGAGUUGUUCAGGAUUAGACAAUAGUCACGGAAGGUUGAGACUUGUUGCUGACUAUGUGCAAAGAACGCUACAUGUGUGGCUUCAAGGUUUGAGGGAUGGCGGUGUGGUUAGUUCAACCCCUGGGGGCACAUGACUGGUUGGUCCGCCGUGGGAUUGAUCAUGGCUUAUGUUCCAAUUUUUUUGGUUCUCUUAGAUCGUUUAAGGUGAAACUUGUAGUGAUAGUAGCUGUAGGAUAUAUAUGUGCAGAAUGCUUGAAUGGUGCCUGGAGAAUUUACUGGGAUAUAGCGGUCUUGUAGAAUGAUGCAGUUGCAGGGUUAGCGCAGAGGUUGUGGUGUGAUGGACCUUCAACUCUUAUUAGCUGAUAUGAAUAUUCUGAUACAUGGGUUGUACAAUAUUUUGGAUCUUUUUCUGAUAAUUAGGAACAUUGGAUUAGAUUAUUGUCUGUCGUUGUAAAUACACUUGGUAAAGUUUUGUUUUGCUGGAGUAGGUCAGUACUAAUGGAUA